AUGGACUGCCUUGUAUCUCUCCCUGAAUCCAUCUGUCAACUCUCGCGCCUGAAAAGGCUUCGGAUCGAUUCGGCCAGCCAGUUGGAGGCGUUGCCUGACUCCCUUGGAGAGCUGCCAGGGCUGCGUGUCUUGCAGCUGAUUCACCUCUAUGCAGAGUUGGUGCUCCUGGGACUGAAGCAGGUCCGCAGCUUGCCAGAGUCGUUCUCUAAGUUGCCUCAACUACAGGUGCUGCAUGUGAUUGCAUGCAAGAAGCUGUCUCGCCUGCCGUCUUCGCUCCGGGGAAUGCCGACGCUGCGUGAGUACGGUAUCAGCGAGUGCCCUUUGCUCUCACGGCAAGACACGCUGCGGGUUCCUGCAAGGGCUGGCGAGGAGGAUGGGGAGGAAGGAGGGGGAGUGGCGGUUGAUGUGGGAGAGGAGGAAGGGGAGGGUGAGAAGGGAGGAGAUGAGAUGGUGGAAGGGCAAGAGGCGGACAAGGAGGAAGCAGAGGAGGAAGCAGAGGGUGAGGAGAUCGUGGGAGGGCAAGAGGCGGACAGUGAAGCAGAGGAGGAGGCAGAGGAGGAGUCAGAGGGUGAGGAGAGAGGAGAUGAGAUGGUGGGAGAGCAAGAGGCGAGCAGUGACGCAGAGGAGGAGGUAGAGGGUGAGGAGGCAGAGAGUGAGGAGGCAGAGGGUGAGGAGAGAGGAGAUGAGAUGUAUGGCAUGGACAGCGACGAUGACAGGGACCAUGAGGGAAGAGGCUGGGGGGCGAGUAGUGAUGAGGACUAG